GAAGAGAAAUGGUGGGGAGAAAAUAUUGGGAAAGAAGCAGCAGAAAAAGAAAGGGCAUGGUACAGAAAAUGUCAAGGAGUAAAUGAUAGAGAAUGUAUAUGUCGGGAAAAAGUAAUGUUUGGGAAAAGCAAGGAAGUAUCAGGAGAGGAAGUAUUAUAG